CAUUGCCAAAAUAAUGGAACAACAGCUUUUGACAAUGUGUAUAUCUACCUUGAAAGAUUUUAUAAAUUUUAUUAUUCAUGGCCAGGUGAACUAUUUAAUGAUAAAACGACAUAAAACGAACUAUACAAUAAUUAUACAUUAUUUGCAGCCAAUUAAAUGUGAAUUCAACAUAAAUAUAGUUGUCAGUUCAAAACAGCUUAUUUUUAGUCCAAAUUUUGAAGAUUUUAAGAACAUUUUAUGUAAUAUAUUAAACGAAAUAUGCAUAGGUGUUAGAUUCUUCAAGAAAUUAGAAACUGAGCUUUACGUGGAUUGGUCUGGUGAAGAAGGUUUUUUAGAGGUAUAAAAUCU